AUGAUGACCCCAUUACAAGCGAGGGAGAAUAUUACCGGCCCAAGAGAGGGUAAUGUAAAUAAUGUAAGCAAAAAAUUAGUAUUUUCAUGCACUUUGUAAAUAUACUGAUAAUGUCCGUAAAAAGAAAAUUUCCUAUUCUAGUCGAAGCCAAAUGUAAUUCUCAUCGACCAGUCGAGGAAUGAGCCGUUUACCGCGCGAAAUGGUCUGCGCAAUUUGCAGAGGCAUUUCCGCAAUCAAUGGACCUUUGAGAUGUAAGUUACAGACCUCAGAAUUUUGCAAAAUUUUCUGUUCUUCAGAAAUGAAGACGAAAUUCUGGAAACGACAUUGGAAAAGUGCAAGAUUUUGCUGAUCCCAGGCCCUAAUGGAAAGUUCUAUCAGCAGGAGGUGAGCUAUACGAAAAUUAUGGGAUUUUGACGAUUUAGAUUGAUGUAAUUCGCAACUUCAUCAACUCCGGAGGAAGUGUGUUGGUGACUCUUGGAGAAGGAGGCGAGACUUCGGCCGACACGAACAUCAACUACUUGCUGGAAGAAUUUGGAAUUGUCUUUAAUAAUGGUACGUUGCCAUAAGAUUUUGAAUAUAUUCUCUCUACAAGCGAGUAGUAUUUCUUGUACUUUCAUAAAGUGCAUGGACAUUUUUUCCUAGUCUGCACGGUGCACAAAUACCUCCAAUUUUUUGCACCGUGCAUUCAUCUUUUUUGGCGACGAGCAAUUCUCAAAUACAGCUCAGAGUCGGCGCCAGGAAAUAGCACAAGCCCCAAAAGAGGAAAAUAAAAAGUCCAUGCACUUUAUGAAAAUAAGUUUGAUUCCCUAAAAAGCUUUUGUUGUAUGGAGGUUCACUGUGCCUAAAAUUAAAUUUUGGGCCCAUUAAAACAGUUAUUUCUAGACAGAUUCGUUGUACGGAGGCUCCACUAAAUCGCAAUUAUUAUAAAUUACCGACUCUCUGCAGUAAUAUAACCACUUUUCUUUCUAGACUCCGUCGUCCGAACAGUCUAUUAUCGCGGCUAUUUCGACCCGAAAGAGGCGCUGAUCUCGAACGGUGUGCUCAACCGUGGGUUGGCGAUUGCAGCUGGCAAGAACCCAACCAACAUUGUUAACGAUGGGAAUAAUAAUCAGUAAGCUUAUGGUCAACCUUUGCAAGUUUUUUCAACUUUAGAGCUCUCUCAUUCGUCUAUCCGUACGGCUCAACGCUGACGGUUACAAAGGAGACGAUUCCACUGCUGUCCACGGGAUCAGUGUGCUUUCCGAUGAAUCGGCCGGUCUGUGCCGCACGAAUUACCGAGGUGAGACGACGAUUUUGAUAUCAGUCUGUCGGGAAUAUAAUGAGCAGAAUGUCGCUGCGCCGAUUGCGUCGCUGAAACAAAAAGAAAUUUUAGUUUACCGCGACACAAUUUAUUUUCUUGAUGCGAUUUUGGAUACGGCAGAGUGCUCAUUAUUUUCCCGACAAACUAAUAUAUACUACGAUCUAGCCCUCAUGACACUACAAAAGUCUUUUUCUUGAUGGCGAUGUGAUCUUUGAUGCUUCAGAGCGCCUGUUAUUUUCCCGACAGACUGACCCAUCACAGUCACAAAAACAUUGUCAAAUGACUCGGCUUCUUCACGAAGCAGACUCUUUGUCGCGGCGUUGCAGCGACUCGUUGAAAAUGGCUUUUGUCGCGCGAUAUUUUUCUGUUGCACAGUCAAAAAAUGGGGCUUUUUGCAAGGUUCGGCUCCGCUGCAUAGAUUUUUUUCUACCUUUAAAAAAAGCGUAGCAAGAAGUUUGGUAAGACUUGUAAGUGAUAAUGUCAAAGUUCCUUUGUAAAAAAUACAGUAGCAUAAAAAACAUAUGGAACGGCUCUCGGUUCAAAAAAAAGCGACUACUUUCUGAGAGAUGAAGGUAUUUGGCGGUAUUUGCAAUGUCUCCUGGAAGUAUUAUAUUUCGUCGCAUCCUUGACCACUGGGCUUUGACUCGAAUUGUAGUCUAUUUCAAAACCAAAUUUGACCUCUCUUUAUCUCAUUUUUUUUGGCCUGUGAAAGAUAGAAGAUAGACUCUACAAUUCACACAUUUUUUUCAGAAUGGCGGAAAGAUUGUUGCGCUUGGCUCCACGCACCUUUUAUCCGACGCGUACUUUGAUGAGCAAGAGAACGCCAAAGUUGUGGUAAGUCCAUCUUCUAUCCCCUAGCUUUUUCAAUUAUGACGUCAUCAAGGUUGUCAGCAGAGACUGCCACAGUCAAAAUUUAGGCUCCGGCUUUUGGCUCCCAGAGCCGGAGCCGAGGCCAAAUUUACAGCUCCGGCUUCCGGCCCCGUGCAAAAUUUUUAAAAGGCCUGCGGCUCCGAAUCCCGGCUCCCGUGUAAAAAAAAUUAAAAAAAAAGGAGCCAAGAGCCGGCUUCGGAGCCGUGACAAUCUCUGGUUCAGGUAAUCACCACCUUUUCAGAGCGUUCUCCUCCGUUUCCUCUCCGAAGAUCUCGAACUAAACCGGCUGGAUAUUGAGGCGCCCGAUCUGGCCGACCCACAUACAAUCCCCGACAAUCUCGCUCUGUCCAAACGUUUCAAGGUCUGCGUUCAGGAAAGCGAUGUGCAACAGAAUUUACCAGUCGACUUUUCCAAAAUCUUUGAGGGCAGUAUCAAAUCGCUGGACUUGAGCAUGUGGGCUGAGUGUAUAAAGUAAGAAUUAUGCGGCAAAUGAAUUGGUAAAAUACGCCACGUCAGUCUCCAAUUUUGCCAUAACAUUACAGCUCACUUUGCUGACUAAUUCCGUUGUUUAGAACCUAUCCAAAGCUCAGCCUAAAGCAUGAACCGCUGACUCUUGUUCCGCCAGUUUUUGAGUGUCCUCAGCCUCCGUUGGAGCCGGCAGUAAGUCAAGCGGGAUUAAAUGUUCAAUAGAUUUCUACAGGUGUCCCAAAAAACGGAAACCUUUUUUCCUGAGGGACUGACACAAAAAUGUUUAGAUGUAGCCGAAGACUAUUGUUACUACAAAAUUCUCCGUGCUUUUCUGUCCCAUCGCCUUCGAUUUUCAAGCCUAUAUCGAUUAAACGACAUGUUUUUUGUUUGAAUUUCAAACGACAACAAGGGUGGAACAUGUCAUAAAAAAUGCUCUAUGUUGCUGAUGAUGACUUUUCGUGAAUUUUGAUUCUCCGGCAAAAUAUGGCUAUAUGUAAAAACAAGUUUCCAUUUUUUGGGACACUCUGUAUUCCAAUAAUAAUUUCAGGUGUUCCCUCCAUGCUAUCGUGAGCUGCCCCCACCGACAUUGGAACUGUUUGAUCUGGAUGAUGCGUUCUCUUCUCAGGAGGCCAGACUGGCUCAAUAUACCAAUCGUUGUAAGGAAAUGGGGGACUAAUGUCUGUCGGGAAAAUAAUGUGGAUUUGUCGUGCUUUGGAAUCGCCUAUUGUCGCUUCGAGACGGCUAGCCGCGGUUGGAGAUUUGAUGACCAUGCGAGAACAAUUUUCUACGACAAAUCCACAUUAUUUUUCCGACAGACUGAUAUGUAUACGAUGAAAGAGAGGCUGAUAUAAACUAACAGCCGUUUUUAUAUCUAGUCUCUAAAUUUCAUUAGGCUCUCAGCUAGUUGAUUACUAUUACACUAGACUGCAUCAUAUCUUUAUCUUUGCAGGCAACCCCAAAGAUCUCGACAGCUACAUCAAGGAAGUCGGCAACCUUCUGGGGAUCACUGACUCACUCUCACCCACAAAAAGAGGGCCAAAAGACAUCAUGGAGCAUGUUCUUGUGCAAAUGAUCGAGUUCAAACGGUUCAAUUACGUAAGUCCUUGCAACAAACACAGCAUUUGGUUGUACAGGGUGUUCAGAGAAUUAUGGAAAAAACUAUUCAUUAAUAACUUUGCGUUCGGUGGUCCAAUCCGAAAAAUUUUUUUUGCAUUUUACAGAAAAACCUUGGAGUUUUUAGAAUCUAAAAUUUUUUUUUUCUUUUAUCGGCGGAGACUUCCGUAAUCCGCGUUGAAUUCGGCGGAGUGUUUUUUUCACAAAACAAGGCUGUAAAUCGUUGUAUGUGUAAAGAAAAUGGGCGGAAAAGGAUUUAGAAGAUACAAUGUGACAUUUCUUUCAAAUUUCUGUGCUUCGGCGGAGACAUUUUUUAACCUCGGCGGACGAUUUUUCUUCGAAUUUGGGGGGUCAAAAUUGGCUAAAACCAAAGCGUAUGGUAUCCCAAGUGGCAUGGCGCCUAAAAACGACUUAUUACGUCUUCAGCCGGCUGGCAGAUGAAAAAACGGCAAUGCGAAAAAAAGAUUCGAAAAAAGAUGAACGUAUUUAAGAACUUAUGCAAAUUCAUCCGCCGAGCAUCCGCCAAUAAGAAGAAUCAUAUUUUUGGUUGAUCAGGGCCGUAUAAGACCUACAACUUUAGUUUUCUCAUCAUAAUUUUUUAAAUGGGUUAAUUUUUUUCUCCGCCGAUUUCUCCGCCGAAUUACCUUUUUUUCAUCUGCCAGCCGGCUGAAGACGUAUUAAAGCGUUUUUAAGCUCCAUGCCACUUGGGAUACCAUACGCUUUGGUUUUAGCCAAUUUUGACCCCCCAAAUUCGAAGAAAAAUCGUCCGCCGAGGUUAAAAAAUGUCUCCGCCGAAGCACAGAAAUUUGAAAGAAAUGUCACAUUGUAUCUUCUAAAUCCUUUUCCGCCCAUUUUCUUUACACAUACAACGAUUUACAGCCUUGUUUUGUGAAAAAAACACUCCGCCGAAUUCAACGCGGAUUACGGAAGUCUCCGCCGAUAAAAGAAAAAAAUUUUUUUAGAUUCUAAAAACUCCAUAGGUUUUCUGUAAAAUGCAAAAAAAAAUUCGGAUUGGACCACCGAGCGCAAAGUUAUUAAUGAUUAGUUUUUUCCAUAAUUCUCUGAACACCCUGUAUAAACGACAACAGCCUAGAUGUUUUUUUUUCAGGAAGACAACGAUCCCCACAUCUUCGCUCCGGACGAUCAGACCAACAUUUUCGAGCAGCCGCCGGAUGGGGAUUACUUUUCGGACAUCGACGAAUAUGAUGACAUUAUUGAAUAA